AUGGCGUCCAAGCAGAUGGAGGAGAUCCAGCGGAAGCUGGCGGUGCUGGCCUACCCGCGCGCCAGCGCGCCUGCGCAGUCCCUCCUCUUCGCCGGCGUCGAGCGCUACCGCCUCCUCGAGUGGCUCUUCUUCCGGCUGCUGGGCGACAGAUCGCCAUUCACGCAGCAGAACUGGCAGGGGGACAGCCUCGACCGCGACGAGGAGAACAGCAGGAUCCAACACUUGGCGGAGAUCGCGAAUUUCCUUGGUAUCACGCCUUCAGUCGACACUGAGGCGAUUCAGGGCAGAGGCAGCUACGACGAGCGGGUGGAGCUCCUCCGUCUAAUUGUUGACUUGGUGGAAGCUAGCUGCUAUGCCGACAAUCCAGAGUGGAGUGUUGAUGAGCAGUUGGCAAAGGACGUACAACUUGUAGAUUCCAUUGCAGAGAAACAGGCACAAAUAUUUUCAGAGGAGUGCAAGCUUUUUCCUGCAGAUGUCCAAAUACAAUCAAUUUACCCCCUGCCUGAUAUAGCAGAACUAGAGUUGAAGCUCUCUGAGUAUACCAAAAAGAUGUCAAAUCUGCAACAGAUGGUGCAGGAGCUAGCCUCAAAGUAUGACUAUAAUCCGAACGAAGACUAUGCCGAGACAGAGUUGAAGUUGAGGGAACAUUUGCAAUCGUUUCUUGAAACAGUAAAAUCCUUCAAUAUGAUAUACACUAAGGAAAUUCAUCCUUGGACCCACAUGAUGGAGGUGCCACAGUUGCAUGGGUUUGGUCCAGCUGCUAACCGCUUGUUAGAGGCUUAUAACACACUUUUAAAGUUCCUUGGAAAUUUGAGGAGCCUGCGAGAUUCAUAUACAGCAAUGGCAGCUGGCUCACUUUCAAAUUCAAGCGAGCCUUCAUCCGUCACAAAAAUCAUUUCAGACUGUGAAUCCGCGCUCACGUUCUUAAACAACAGCCUUGCCAUCCUUUCAACUUCCGUGGCACGGGAGCAGGUUGUAACUUGUGACGUUCAGUGA